GGACUCAUCGCUCUCUUUCUCCAUCACCGACGCGUCUGUUAAACCUGUGGAGCGUCUGUCUGUUAAGAAGACACGCGCGCGCACGCACACACACACACACACGCACGCACACUGUUUGAGAGUGUGGUUGUAGUUCGGAGAGAAUAAACUGGUUUUACUGCCCUUUGGGGGAAUCUCCGGCUCGCCGCGUUUGAAGGAAGUUAAAGCGAACAGCAGCUGCCAGCCGAGCGGCCAUGGACGCGUUCAAGAAGGGUUUCUCCAAAGCCAGGGACGGGGUCGCGGCGGUGGCGGAGAAAACCAAGCAGGGAGUGACCGGAGCAGCCGAGAUGACGAAAGACGGGGUCAUGUUUGUCGGUAACAAAACAAAGGAUGGAGUCACAACAGCCGUGUCUGGCGUGUCACAGGUGGGUGGAGCCAUGGUUACCGGGGUGACCGCCGUGGCCCACAAAACGGUGGAAGGGGCCGGCAACAUGGUCGUCGCCACUGGGUUGGUCAAGAAGGAUCCGGCCAAACAAAGUGAUGAGGCCUCGGCAGUACAGGACAUGGCGGAGUCACCGGUUGAUACGGACCCUGCUGAUGCGAUGGAGGACGACGCCGACGACAACUGAUCGGAGACGACGAUCGACCACGGAAACAUUCCACGGGGCUCCGCCCGAGUCCCGCCGUGCCUCGUUUGGCCCUUUGUGGAGUCUGUGCCCAACAUCUGUGUGUGUGUGCGUGUGUUGUUUUGUAUGUCUGUAUGCGGGUAAAUGUUGUAGAGAAAGAGAUGUCGUGCAUGUGUGUGUGUGCCUUUUACACAUCGGUGCUUAGUGACCGGCUGUAAUUACAGUGAGUACACGUCUCAGUGUGUGUGCGUGUGUGUGUGUGUGUGUGUGUCUACAUGUAUGUUGUCCUCACCUGUGUGGCUUUAUCAAUCGCUCAAACAUUUAAAUGUCAAACUUCAAGCACCUAAGUGUCUCAAUAUUAAUGAACAAUUAACGUGACGUUUGAAAUUAAGCUUAAUGAUAUUCUCUAUUUUUAUGUGUGUGUGUGUGUGUGUGUGUGUCUGUGCUGUCACUGUAUUUUGCGGUGAACUACAAAGUGCUAUUUGUGCAUUCAUAUUGUAUGUUUUAAUUUAUUACCGCUGUGAAAAAUACAUUGCAUACUGAAUGGACUUUUGGAAACCAAGAGCAUGAAUCGACUUGGGAGUUGUGUUGAAUAAAAGUCAGUGAGAAAAAGG